AUGGACGGCGAAAAUCGUAUCAUAUUGAACGUUGGAGGAAUCAGAUACGAAACAUACAAAGCAACGUUGAAGAAAAUCCCAGCUACGAGGUUGUCGCGACUCACCGAGGCGCUCGCCAACUAUGAUCCUAUAUUGAACGAGUAUUUCUUCGAUAGACAUCCAGGGGUCUUUGCUCAAAUACUCAACUAUUAUAGAACUGGUAAGCUACACUACCCAACAAACGUCUGUGGGCCGCUGUUUGAAGAGGAACUGGAGUUUUGGGGUCUAGACUCCAACCAAGUGGAACCUUGUUGUUGGAGUACAUACAGCGUCCAUAGGGAUACCCAGGCCACAUUGGCUAUCCUGGACAAACUUGACAUAGACGCAGAACGGCCCAGCGAUGAAGAAGUCGCCAGGAUGUUCGGUUACGAAGAGGCGUACUACGCCGGUUCGCUCACAAGAUGGCAGAAGCUUAAACCGAAAAUCUGGGCACUCUUCGACGAGCCGUACUCCUCCUCAUCGGCUAAGGUACCGCCGCUCAAUGUGCAACAUCGAAAUGUGAUUAUUACUUUUUGA